UAUUUCACAGUGACCAGAGUUCACGAAGAACAAGAAAACGUUUCCUCCACAUGCGGGAUCUUAUUAUAUGAAGUGUGUUUUUAACAUUAAAGAAAAUGCGAAUAAAAAAGGGACAAGAGAAGAAAAAGCUUCCUCAGGAUCCAGUCAGGAAUUUUGAGAGAUGGAAAAAGAAGCAUGACAAAACCAGGAAACAAACUACAGGGAGGAAGAAGAAACGUGAUUGGGAGAUAGAACGGGAAAAUAUACAAAAGCUGGUGUCCAAAUACACAGAGAUAAAUUCAAAAGAAGCUGUUAAGUUCUCUGAUUUUCCACUUUCAAAGAAGACUCUGCGAGGUUUGUUAGAGGCUCAGUAUCGGCAGCCCACAGAGAUCCAGAGACAGACUAUUGGCUUUGCUCUACAGGGGAAAGAUGUCUUGGGUGCUGCGAAGACCGGCUCGGGGAAAACUCUUGCUUUUCUCAUUCCUGUGCUGGAGUGUCUGUACCGUAACCAGUGGACAGCCAUGGAUGGUCUCGGCGCUCUUAUAAUCUCUCCCACACGAGAGCUGGCUUACCAGACAUUUGAGGUGCUGAGGAAAGUGGGGAAGAACCAUGACUUUUCAGCUGGACUUGUUAUUGGUGGAAAGGACCUCAAGGACGAGUCGCUAAAGAUUCAUCGCACAAACAUCAUCAUCUGCACGCCAGGACGUCUGCUGCAGCACAUGGACGAAAACUCCACCUUCCACGCCUCAGACCUGCACAUGCUCGUGUUGGAUGAAGCUGACAGAAUUUUAGACAUGGGCUUCGCAGACACACUCAAUGCUAUUGUGGAGAAUCUUCCAAAAACCAGACAGACGCUGUUGUUCUCCGCUACACAGACCAAGUCUGUGAAAGACCUGGCCAGACUCAGCCUGAAGAACCCUGAAUACGUUUGGGUUCAUGAACAGGCUAAAUUCAGCACUCCUGCUACUCUGGAGCAGAGCUACGUAGUGUGUGAGCUGCACGAGAAGGUCAACAUGCUCUUCUCUUUCUUGAAGAGUCACCUGCAGAAGAAGAUUAUAGUCUUUUUUGCUUGCUGCAAAGAGGUACAGUACCUGUUCCGUGUGUUUUGUCGGCUGAGGCCCGGUAUCUCGGUUUUGGCUCUGCACGGAAAGCAGCACCAGAUGAAGAGGAUGGAAGUGUACAAUGACUUUGUCCGCAAGAAAGCUGCUGUCCUCUUCGCCACAGAUAUCGCUGCAAGAGGACUUGAUUUUCCUGCUGUGAACUGGGUGCUUCAGUUUGACUGUCCUGAAGAUGCCAACACGUACAUCCACAGAGUCGGCAGGACAGCCAGGUAUAAGGAAGGAGGAGAAGCCUUGCUCAUACUUCUGCCCUCCGAGGAGAAAGGCAUGAUCGCUCAGCUUCAGGAGAAAAAAGUUCCCAUCAACAAAAUCCAGGUGAACCCAGAGAAGCUGACAUGUGUGCGGCAGAAGCUGGAGGCUUUCCUGGCCCAGGAGAAGGAGCAGAAGGAGAGAGCUCAGAGGUGUUUUGUGUCUUACCUUCGCUCGAUCUUUCUGAUGAGGAACAAAGACGUCUUUGAUGUGUUUCAGCUGAAGCUUCCAGAAUACGCCAUGUCUCUGGGACUGGCUGUUCCCCCACGAGUGCGAUUCCUGAAUAAAGCUCAGAAAGAAAAGGACGAGGUGACACAGGAGAUCAGCACUGCAGCUGACUCUGACUCUGAUGAGGAGCUCAAGAACUUUAAAGCCCAGUUCAGAAGAGACCAAAGCAUCAACCCCGAUUCUCAGUCUGAAGAGGAGGAGCAGGACGAAGAGGAGGAAAGCGAUGAGCAAGAAGCUGAGGUGAAGCCUGGAGACCCGUUGUGCAGUACCGAUGAAGAUGACGAUGAAGAUCUGAGCCUGCUGACAGUUAAACGGAAAGAUGUGUUUAAUGCCGGUGAAGACACGGACGAGUCAGAGGAUUCCAAUGUCAAGAUCAAGAAAGUGUCCAAGUUUAAAGACGCAAAGAAAGCUCAGAAGAGAAACUUCAGAGUGAACACCAAAAUGGUCUUCACUGAGGGUGGAGAGGCAGUGCAGCAGUGGCCUCCACUUCAGAGGGCCGUAGUACCAGAUGACGAGGAAGACAGCGAAAACGUGGCAGGCAUUAACAUUGAAGCAGCAAAAGAGCAUCUGCGCAAGGAGGACCAAGAGUUUGACAAGAAGGAACACAGCAGGAAGAUUAAAGAAAGACACCGGGAGAAAAGGCUGAAAGAGAAGGCGGAACGAAGAGAAGCAAGCAAACUGGCUAAAGAGGAGAAGAAAAGGAAGGCUGGUGUUUGCGAUGAGGAGGAGGAGGAGGAGGAGGAUGAAGAGGUGGUGGCGUACCUGUCAGGGGCUGAUGAUGAAGAGUUUGACCCCAGCAUACUCCCCGACCCUGACAAAGUACGCAAUUCAGAGGAUGAAGAUGAAGAAAGCAGUGAUGGCCCUGAGUUUGCGGGAAGGAAGAGGACCCAUAGCAAUAGAGAAGACGAUGAUGACGAAGAUGAUGAUGAUGGACACUGGGGGACAGGGAGUAAAAAGGCCAAGCAUCACAUCUCGGAACCUAAGCCUCUGGACACUGGUCUCUCACUGGCCGAAGAUGAAGAGUUGGUGCUGCAUUUGCUGGGAGGCCAGAGUUAGUUCAUUUCCUCUGAACGCAGGACCAUGUGUCUGUGAACACUGCCUCUCUUACCUCACACUUCAUGUAAUGGACUCGAAUUAUGUUCCUCUCAUGCAAUUCUAAAAUGUGGUGUUAGAUUUUGUUUUGUGAAAUAAAAUUAAUGAUGCACAAGAA